AUGGUAUACAACUCGGAAAACUUCACAGUAUAUGACUGGGAAGUCAACAUUGCAGAAGCACAAAAGGCCCACAUCGACGCCUUUGCCCUAAACAUCGCAUACAACUUCCCAACCAACAACCGCUCUCUAGCAAACGCAUUCACCGCCGCAAACGCCCUAAACUUCCAACUCCUCUUCUCAUUCGACUACGUAGGCAACGGCGCCUGGCCAGAAGGCGAGGUGAUCGGCCUACUCCGAAAAUACGCAAACAACCCAGCCUACUACCACCACAACGGCAAACCCUUCGUCUCAACCUUCGAAGGCUCCUCCAACGCCACAGACUGGGCCACAAUCAAAAAGUACGUAGACUGCUUCUUCGUACCGGGCUGGUCCGCCCUAGGCGCAAAGGAAGCACUCGCCGUCGCCCCAGGCGUUCCAGACGGACUAUUCUCCUGGGCCGCAUGGCCCGAAGGCCCAGCCCCGAUGGAAACCUACAUCGACUCAACGUACAUGCAGUGGCUCAAAGACACCGGCGAGCUGCCGUACAUGAUGCCCGUCUCGCCGUGGUUCUACACGAACCUGCCCGGCUACGGCAAGAACUGGAUCUGGAACGGCGAUAACCUGUGGUACGACCGGUGGCAGCAAGUGAUAGCGCUGAAGCCGGACUUUGUGGAGAUCAUCUCGUGGAACGACUACGGCGAAUCGCACUACAUCGGCCCGCUGCAUGAGGGUGCGUAUGCGACUUUCGAGAUCGGAAAGGCUAGCUACAAUUACGCCACUGGACAUCCCCAUGAUGGCUGGCGCGAUUUCUUGCCUUUUAUCAUCGAUGUCUAUAAGGGUGCCAGGGCGAAUGUUACUACCGAGGGCGUUACUGCUUGGUUCCGUCAGGCACCUGGGACGGCUUGUAACAAUGGUGGCACUACGGGUAAUACAGAGACGCACGGGCAGGAGGAGUUCCCGCCUACGGAGGUCUUGAAGGAUGAGGUGUUCUACUCUGCGCUGCUGCGGUCUGCUGUGGAUGUGGAUGUGUCGGUUGAUAUUGGUGGCGUCGUGCGGGAGGGGAAAUGGAAGAAUAAACCACACGGUCCAGUGGGCCUUUACCGUGGCAGUGUGCCUUUCGACGGUAAUACUGGACAAGUUGUCGUGACGGUGUCUCGUCGGGGAAAGACCAUCGCUGAGAUGCGGGGUGCAUCGAUCUCGGACUCGUGUCUGGAUGAUAUCCAGAACUGGAAUGCCUGGGUUGGCACCGACUUUGCUAACAAGACAACUUCACGUCGUCCGCCGCCUUCGCCGACUUCGACUGCGGGUUCUGCGGCUUCGGCUCUUUUGGCGUUGGGAAGGAUUCCGUUUACGAUUAUCUUUGUGGCCCUACUUGCAAAUAUGGUGACUGCGACGGCGACGCCUGUUCAGCAUGAGAAAUCACUUUUGACUGUCCCGAUCUCGGAAGUUUCCCCAUCGGUCUAUAGUGCAGGUACCGACAAUGGCGAUCUUGGAAGCCUAUAUAGCCAUGGAACUACCUAUGGGUUAUAUCCAAUCAACGGCUAUACCUGUACCACGACAGCGGAUGCUCCAGUUACGCCUUUCGUCUCAACCGAUGCCACGGCUUUCGCAUAUGACGCAUCUUGGAAAUUGGACUGGUCUUGA